ACGCUGAUGUGUCGGGGAGGCGGAGCUUAGGGAACGGCCCCUGGCGACGCACGUUCCUCGGACGCUGCCGCUGUGGCUGGCUGGCUUCUGCGGAGCCAUGGCGGUGUCUGCCGGGUCCGCGCGCGCUCCGCCGGGCUCUGAUAAAGUACAGAAAGACAAGGCUGGACAUACCUCAGGGCCUAGUAAGGCCAGCCACAUGAGAAAACUCUUGGGUUUUGAGUGGACAGAUGUGUCCAGCUGGGGAAGGCUGGUGACUCUGCUGAACCGACCAACGGAUCCUGCAAACCUGGCUGUCUUCCGUUUUCUCUUUGGAUUGAUGAUGGUGCUGGACAUUCCCCAGGAACGGGGGCUCAGCUCCCUGGACCGAAGAUACCUGGAUGGGCUGGAGGUGUGCCGCUUUCCCUUGCUGGAUGCCCUGCAGCCACUGCCACUUGACUGGAUGUACCUUGUCUAUACCAUCAUGUUUCUGGGGGCACUGGGCAUGAUGCUGGGCCUGUGCUACCGGACAAGCUGUGUGUUAUUUCUGCUGCCAUACUGGUACGUGUUUCUCCUGGACAAGACGUCGUGGAACAACCACUCCUACCUAUAUGGUUUGUUGGCCUUUCAGCUGACAUUCAUGGAUGCAAACCACUACUGGUCUGUGGACGGCCUGCUGAAUGCCCAGAAGCGGAAUGCCCAUGUGCCCCUUUGGAACUAUGCUGUGCUACGCGGCCAGAUCUUCAUUGUGUACUUCAUUGCGGGUGUGAAAAAGCUGGAUGCAGACUGGGUGGAAGGCUAUUCCAUGGAGAACCUGUCCCGGCACUGGCUCUUCAGCCCCUUUAAACUAGUGCUGUCUGAGGAGAUGACUAGCCUCCUGGUGGUGCACUGGUGCGGACUGGUGCUUGACCUCUCAGCCGGCUUCCUGCUCUUCUUCGAUGCGUCAAGAUCCAUUGGCCUCCUUUUUGUGUCCUACUUCCACUGCAUGAAUUCCCAGCUUUUCAGCAUUGGUAUGUUCCCCUAUGUCAUGCUGGCCAGCAGUCCUCUCUUCUGCUCCCCUGAGUGGCCUCGGAAGCUGGUAUCUCACUGCCCCAAAAGGCUGCAAGAACUGCUGCCCCUCAGGGCUGCCCCUCAGCCCAGUGCUUCCUGCUUGUAUAAGAGGAGCCGGGCCAAAGGUGGCCAGAAGCCAGGGCUGCGCCAUCGGCUAGGUGCGGCCUUCACCCUGCUUUACCUCCUAGAGCAGCUCUUCCUGCCCUAUUCCCAUUUCCUCACCCAGGGCUAUAACAAUUGGACCAAUGGGCUGUAUGGCUAUUCCUGGGACAUGAUGGUGCACUCCCGCUCCCACCAGCACGUGAAGAUCACCUACCGCGAUGGCCAUACUGGCGAGCUGGGCUACCUUAACCCUGGGGUAUUCACACAGAGCCGGCGCUGGAAGGAUCACGCAGACAUGUUGAAGCAAUAUGCCACUUGCCUGAGCCGCCUGCUCCCCAAGUACAAUGUCACUGAGCCCCAGAUCUACUUUGAUAUUUGGGUCUCCAUCAAUGACCGCUUCCAGCAGAGGCUUUUCGACCCUCAUGUGGACAUUGUGCAGGCUGCCUGGUCCCCCUUCCAGCGUACACCUUGGCUGCAGCCACUGCUGAUGGACCUGUCUCCCUGGAGGGCCAAGUUACAGGAAAUCAAGAGCAGCCUGGACAACCACACGGAGGUGGUCUUCAUUGCAGAUUUCCCGGGGCUGCACCUGGAGAAUUUUGUGAGUGAAGACCUGGGCAACACUAGCAUCCAGCUGCUGCAGGGGGAGGUGACCGUGGAGCUGGUGGCAGAACAGAAGAACCAGACUCUUCAGGAGGGAGAAAAAAUGCAGUUGCCUGCUGGUGAGUACCAUAAGGUGUACACAGUAUCAACCCGCCCUUCCUGCUACAUGUACAUCUAUGUCAACACUACAGAGGUUGCACUGGAGCAAGACCUGGCAUAUCUGCAAGAAUUAAAAGAGAAGGUGGAGAAUGGAAGUGAAACGGGGCCUCUACCACCAGAGCUGCAACCGCUGCUGGAAGGGGAAGUAAAAGGAGGCCCUGAGCCAACCCCUCUGGUUCAGACCUUUCUUAAACGGCAGCAAAGGCUCCAGGAAAUUGAACGCCGACGAAAUACCCCUUUCCAUGAGCGAUUCUUCCGCUUCUUGCUGCGAAAGCUCUACAUCUUUCGCCGCAGCUUCCUGAUGACUUGUAUCUCACUUCGAAAUCUGGCAUUAGGCCGCCCUUCCCUGGAGCAGCUGGCGCAAGAGGUGACUUAUGCAAACUUGCGACCCUUUGAGCCAGUUGGAGAGUCAAGUCCCUCAAACACAGAUUCUUCGAAUCCUAAUCCUGAACCAAAUUCCGGCCCUGUCCACUCAGAGUUCUGAGGUGGGCCAGAUGUUAGGUACAGAUGUGGGAGCAGCCAGUCACAGGACCAUUACCUAUGCAGGGGAAAAUUUA